UGCCUUUUACGCACCUCAGACUCCCACAUCCACUGGCAGAGGAACAUCUGUGCUGGGAGCCCACAUCAGUGACCGUCCAGCUCUAAAAUGCAUCUCAAGAUGCCAAACUUGAUUUUGGUUUUCUAUUUACUUCAAGGACUGAAUAAAUUCAUCAGCGCGCAAAACUCCGCGCCCUGGAGGAACCGGAUCCAGUGGGUCAAUAACGGCCAGGUGUUCAGUUUAAUGAGCACCGGCUCGGAGUAUCACGCACCGGUGGCGUCCAGAAGACAGUCCAGGGUGUUUCUGAGUAGCAAUAGAGAUGCUGUCCGGGACAGGACCUUGCAAAUUCGAGUGGAAGCGUCCGAUUCUGCGGCCACAAGUAGCGGCAACACCGCGCUUUUGGGUCCGGAUCGCAUGCAGUACAUCGCGGCCAACAGCCGCGCACCUGGCGCCAGACAAAUGCAGGUGCGUCAGCGGCUCAGAGCAGCUCCAGGAUCCAGAUCCAACGCCACCGAAUACUCCGGCGGCGGAAGAGCCCCGGCUCAAGGGGAAAUUACCGCACGGAGGGCGCCAGCGGUUGCCAAUCUCCAACACCUGGAAGCGCCAACUGAGACCUCAAACACUUUAACUAAUGGAAACUAUAAUGAAGCGGGGCUCUCCAGAGCGCAAACUCCAAAUGCAGAGCAGGGAACCACGUCUGAAAGCAUGGCAGGAGAUGAUCCGCGAAACAGGAAUACGGUUUUCUAUAACAUCUAUCCGCCCGGCGGCAGAACGGUCAUCCCGCGCCGCGCGCCGCCUGGCACCGGUUACGGCACAAGAUACUUCCAGAACGGUCUGCCGGAUCUUGUGCCAGAUCCAUAUUCAAUCCAGGCGGGCUCUUACAUCCAGCGCGUCCAGAUGUACGCGCUCCGGUGCGCGGCGGAGGAGAACUGCCUGGCGCGAUCUGCAUACAGACCCACAGUCACAGACAUCGACUACAGGGUUCUGCUGCGCUUCCCACAGAAGGUCAGAAACAUGGGAACGACUGACUUUCUGCCCGUCAAACCCAGACAUCAGUGGGAGUGGCACAGCUGUCAUCAGCACUAUCACAGCAUGGAUGCGUUCAGUCACUAUGAUCUGCUGGACAUCAACACCGGACUGAAGGUCGCAGAGGGUCACAAGGCCAGUUUCUGUCUGGAAGAUACGGGCUGUGAUCCUGGAUUUCACCGCCGAUACGCCUGCACCGCACACACACAGGGCUUGAGUCCAGGCUGCCACGACACAUACGCCGCCAACAUCGACUGCCAGUGGAUCGACAUCACAGACGUCCCUCCUGGAAACUACAUCCUCGAGGUCACAGUCAAUCCAGACUUCCUGGUGCCCGAGUCUGACUUCUCCAACAACGUUGUGCGAUGUGAGGUCAUUUACACCGGCGUUUACAUCCAAACCAGAAACUGCAUCUUAACUGGGUGA